AGCCGGCAGGUUGCGCCCGGGCGCCGUGGGCGAGAGCGGGGCGGCGGCCCAGGGAGCCCCGGCCAUGAGCUGCCCGCUCCGCGCUGCCCCAGCUGCCGCGCUGGGCUUGCUGCUGCUGCUCGGCCGCCUGGCGGGGAGCUCGGCCGCCGGCUCCCCCUCGUGCCCGGCUCCGUGCCGCUGCUUCGGGGACCUGCUGGACUGCAGCCGCCUCAAGCUGAGCCGGGUGCCCGAGCGGCUCCCGCAGGGGGUGCUGCAGCUGGACUUAAGUCACAACAGAUUAUCUUCAAUCAAAGCCAGUUCCUUGAGUCACCUUCAUAGUCUUCGAGAAAUAAAACUGAACAAUAAUGAAUUGGAGACCAUACCUAAUCUGGGACCAGUCUCUGCAAAUAUUACUCUUCUGUCCUUGACCAGUAACAAGAUUGGAGGCAUCUUGCCUGAACAUCUGAAACCAUUUCAGUCUCUAGAAACUUUGGACCUGAGCAACAAUAAUAUUUCAGAGUUGAAAACUGCAUCAUUUCCUUCUUUGCAGCUCAAGUAUCUGUACAUUAACAGUAAUCGAAUAACCUCCAUGGAGCCAGGUGUCUUUGACAGUUUGUCUAGCACACUUCAAGUAUUGAAACUGAACAGGAACAAAAUUUCAGUCAUCCCUCAAAAGAUGUUUAAACUGUCCCAUCUGCAGCACCUGGAGCUGAAUCGCAACAAAAUAAAAAAAAUAGAUGGGCUUACUUUCCAAGGACUUACUGCUUUGAAAUCACUAAAAAUGCAACGAAAUGGGGUAAAUAGACUCAUGGAUGGAGCUUUCUGGGGACUAACCAACAUGGAAGUCUUGCAGCUGGACCAUAACAACCUAACAGAGAUUACCAAAGGCUGGCUUUAUGGCUUGCUGAUGUUGCAGCAGCUCCAUCUCAGCCAAAACGCCAUCAGCAGGAUCAGCUCCGAUGCCUGGGAAUUUUGCCAGAAACUCAGCGAGCUAGAUUUAACAUUUAAUCACUUAGCAAGAUUGGAUGAUUCAAGCUUCGUUGGUUUAAGCCUACUAGUUGGACUGUAUAUUGGGAACAACAAAGUAAACUACAUUGCUGAUUGUGCCUUCCGGGGACUUUCCAGUUUAAAGACUUUGGAUCUGAAGAACAAUGAAAUCUCAUGGACUAUUGAAGAUAUGAAUGGUGCAUUCUCUGGACUUGACAAACUUAGAAUGCUGAUACUCCAAGGAAACAGGAUUAGGUCCAUUACAAAGAAAGCAUUUUCUGGUUUGGAUGCACUUGAACACCUAGAUCUAAGUAAUAAUGCAAUCAUGUCAGUGCAAGGAAAUGCAUUUUCGCAAAUGAAGAAACUUGAAGAAUUGCACUUAAAUACAUCAAGUCUUUUGUGUGACUGCCAGCUAAAAUGGCUACCACAGUGGGUAUCAGAAAACAACUUUCAGAGCUUUGUGAAUGCCAGUUGUGCCCAUCCUCCACUGCUAAAAGGCAGAAGUAUCUUUGCUGUUAGCCCAGAUGAGUUUGUGUGCGAUGAUUUUCCUAAACCACAGAUCACUGUCCAGCCAGAAACCCAGUCAGCAAUCAAAGGCUCCAAUUUGAGUUUCGUAUGUUCAGCAGCCAGCAGCAGUGACUCCCCUAUGACGUUUGCAUGGAAAAAGGACAAUGAAUUACUGCAUGAUGCUGAAAUGGAGAAUUAUGCACAUCUCCGGGCACGGGGUGGUGAAGUGAUGGAAUACACUACCAUACUUCGGCUACGCAAUGUUGAAUUCAGCAAUGAGGGAAAAUACCAGUGUGUUAUUUCAAAUCACUUUGGUUCAUCCUACUCUGUCAAAGCCAAGCUUACAGUUAACAUGCUGCCAUCAUUUACAAAGAUGCCCAUGGACCUAACCAUUCGUGCUGGGGCAACGGCACGAUUAGAAUGUGCUGCAGUUGGUCAUCCAGUACCGCAGAUUGCUUGGCAGAAAGAUGGUGGCACAGACUUUCCUGCAGCACGCAAGAGACGUAUGCAUGUCAUGCCCGAGGAUGAUGUAUUCUUUAUUGUUGAUGUAAAAAUUGAGGACACUGGAGUUUAUAGCUGUACAGCUCAAAACACUGCUGGGAGCAUUUCAGCUAAUGCAACACUGACAGUACUAGAAACACCAUCAUUUUUGCGGCCCUUGCUAGACCGGACAGUAACAAAAGGUGAAACUGCAGUCUUGCAGUGCAUUGCUGGUGGUAGCCCUCCACCUCGGUUGAACUGGACUAAGGAUGACAGCCCAUUGGUGGUAACAGAAAGGCACUUCUUCGCUGCAGGCAACCAGUUACUGAUUAUUGUGGAUACAGACAUUGAAGAUGCUGGGAAAUACACUUGUGAAAUGUCUAAUACACUUGGAACAGAGAGAGGCAACAUUCGUCUAAAUGUAAUUCCUACUCCCACCUGUGAUUCUCCUCAGAACAUUGCUCCAUCGUUGGAUGAUGAUGGAUGGGCCACAGUCGGCGUAGUGAUCAUAGCAGUGGUUUGCUGUGUGGUGGGCACUUCCCUUGUGUGGGUGGUCAUCAUAUACCACACAAGGAGAAGAAAUGAAGAUUGCAGCAUCACAAAUACAGAUGAGACAAACUUGCCUGCUGACAUUCCAAGUUACCUGUCAUCCCAGGGAACAUUAGCUGAAAGGCAGGAUGGGUAUGGGUCAUCAGAAAAUGGAAGUCAUCAUCAGUUCAUAACUUCUUCAAUGGGGGGAUAUUUUUUACAGCAGAGAGAUAGUAAUGGCAUUUGUCAUCUAGAUAAUGGCAGUGAAACAGACCUGGAGGUUGUUACAGAUCCAUUCUUAUGCCACUAUCUGGGGACUUCAGGGACUGUGUAUUUAAAAGGGAAUGCUUAUGGCUCUGACGCUUUUGAAGCAUACCAUACAAGCUGCAGCCCUGACCAAAGAACAGUGUGCAUGGACCCAUGUGACUCUAGUUACUUAAAGAAAAAGGAACGCUAUCCGUAUUCACUUGGAACAUUAUCACAUUCACCAGAAGAUCCCUUUGACCAGUAUGUUGGCAGCAUUGGAAUGCAGGCUACAAGUAACAAAUUGCUUAACUCUACUUACACGCCAAAUGAAGGAAUUGGAGUGAAAAGCUUGAGUCUAAACUCAGACAUCUUUGAUUUGAACAGAAAUCAGGAAUCAUCCUCUAUUACCACUAGUAGCACUUUCAUGGGAACAUUUGGAAAGUCUCUAUGGAGGCCUCAACUGGACUCUUUUUCGAGCUGUAGGCAGCCAGCAAGUUGUCAACCAAAAACCUUCCAUAAUAAUAAUCCUCAAGCCUCAUUGGACUUUGACUCAGAGGCAGAGGAAGAUGGAAAGGACAGGACGGUUUCUCAUGAGGAAAACAGCAUUUGUGCUUACAAACAGGCCUUUGAAAACUUUAGGACUCCUACUUUCCAGUCUUAUGACCUGAACACAUAGCUGCUUUUGGAAUGGCUGUUGAUCGAUGGAACCAAAGAAAUAUUUUUGACAUACUACCUCAAUGUGGAGCUUUAUUUAAAAGGGGCGGGGGGAAUCCAUUUUUUUAAUGGAGCUAUGAUAUCAGAAAGAAUGGAUACAUUUUUAUACAGAUAAAACAUAAUUGCCAAAGUGUUAUAAAAUUUUAUACAGGGAAUACAUUCCUUAGAGAAGUACUAUAUUUCUAAUUAUUUUAUAGCUUUGUUUUAUGCAAAUGGUAUCUCUUGUAAAUUAAUGAUGUAAAUAAUACCAUGUAUAUUUCCUGUCAGACUUCAUUUUAUUGAAAUGAGUACUAAAGCAUCCUAAACUUGUACCAAUAUCUGUACUUCUUUAUGAAUGGACGUUCCAUGCCGUUCGCAGGUACCAUGCAUCUUAUUUGCACAUCACUUUUAAUAAAAUAUGCUGCCUUGUGGUCUUGAAACACAGUAGAGUGUGAAGAAUGCAAGGUGGAGGUAUGUUGAUAGAAAUUGAAAAUGUAUGUUGUGCAUAUAACCCUCUGGCCCAUAUCUCAUCAGUUUGUCUAAAAUGUAGAGCAUAUGGAUUCAUCAUAUUAGAUAUCUGCUGCCCUUAGAAGUAGUUCUGGUUAUACAGUUUCCCUAAAUUGUCCCACAUGCACACAAGACUGGCUGUCUAGUCAGCUGUCUAGCCGUGUGUGUACAAAUAACUUUAACGUACACCUCUAAUGGUGGAUAUGCAGAGUGGACACACAAAUACACAGCAAGCAACUUAGUGUAAAAAAAAAAAUAAAUCCAUCCUAGACGUUUACCUGGUAGUAUCAUUCUCCUCUAAAUAAAUGGCUUGAAUAUUAAAUAUU